AUGCCGCCUGCUUCGUCCCCAUCUCCAGUUCCUAUAAAUAACUUCGACACUCCCGAGUAUGACGCGCUCCAGCAACAAAAAACUCAGCCAUCCGGAGCGCUGCUGGCCCAGCGAGUGGCGCGUGAUUGCCUUGAGGAGAUUUUACUUCAGUUCAACCUUGCACUACACGAGCACACAGCGCACGCUCGCACCCUGGUCGAUGCCGUCGACUCGUGCCUGGCGACGUGCUUGGACGUGAUUGAGAUGCAAUAUCCUGCCCGCGAGGACCAUCCAGUAUCAGUCAUCUCAUUGGAACACAGUAGCUGGGAGCAAGAAAAGCCGCCGGACCCUUGUACCUUUGACUCAUGGCUGCGCUCAGCCCUGCCGGAGACCUCGCCAGCUGCAGCUGGCACUAGCCCGCGUAGUGACAACUGGGUUAUGCAGCAGUUCCUAAACAAGCAACCCAGCAUCCACCGCACAAUGUCAGCCCGCAGCACCGCCAGUACCGCCACAGCACUGGGCCUCCCCGCCGUUGGCUACGCUCCCGGCACCACCACGAACGGCAAUGGGACGACCGGCAGCGGCGGCCGCCGCCUGACGGGUGGCUCUAGCCGCCUGGGUGUGAGCCCUUCUGCACGGUCCCUGCAUCAGAGCGGCUCCCGGCGUAAUGUAACAAAGUUGGAGACCCGCAAGGUGCUGACUCCGGAACAAGAGCACUUGGAGGAGCAGCUCAGGCAGGAGCUGCAGCAGCGGAAGACACAGGAGGAAAUGAGUAGGCGGUUAGAGCAACGGGACACGGAGGAGCGACUGAAGCUGGCCAGCCUGCGAAAGGAGCUCAAGGGCAAGGACUACACAUAUGACCACAAGGGCGAGGUGGUCAUCAUUAACGAGUUCGACCCGGAUCGGUCCCCGCUGGAGGCCCUCUCGGGACCCGCGUACAAGGUGGCGGUGGCGGCGGGUAACGAGGAGGCCGCUCGGGCGUUGUCGCCCAAGCGCCGAGGGGCCCAGCGGACGACGUCCUCGCGGUCCGCAGCCACCACCGGGGGCGACGGUGGCGAGGGCGGCGCCGGCGGCGGCAUCGGUCACGGCGCUCGUACCACCCUUAGCCCCACAGAGCUGCGGAAGGAGAGGGACCGGCGCCUGGCGAAUGACUACAAGAAGGUCCAGCCACGGACUCAACCAUCGGCGCUCGAGACGUUGAUGCCCGCCGGCGGUGUUACCUUGCGCGGGGCCGGCGGCGCCUCUAAAAGCGGCCCGGUGCGGCCCGCCCCCGCGGGAAUCACGAGGGAGGCGUACGCCAAGCAGGUCGCCAAGAAGGCCAUGCAAGCCCAGACAGAGGCUAUGGGCUCCUCAGUCACACCCCUGGCAUCAGGGACACUGCCCAGAGAUGGACAGCACCCCAACAGCAGCCGCGGCGGUGCCGGCGCAGCCGCCGGCGCCAAGGUUGGUGCCACCGGCGCCAGCCGGCCUACCGUACUUGACCCACUAGCUGCGUACGGCGAUAACCGGUAUGACCCUUUUGCCGGGGCACGUGUACGGCGGCAUUCCGGCACUCGUACUACUUUAGACUCGAUGGCAUUGGGCCCGUCUGGGUCGUUAGGGCCCGUGCUAGGAGCAGGAGGGGGAGGGGCCGGAGGUGUGGCGGCGGCGGCGGCGGCGCCAGCUUCGCCGGAUGUCAAUCUGUCUCUGACGUCAGCUAGCGACUGGGGUGCAGUGGGCCACGGCAGGUUGUACGAGGCGCCGCUGGCGCUGCCACACAGCAAGCCUACGGAGAAGCAGCUCGCGGAGACAGUUGGUCGUGUGGACCGUCUACCACGCGACCGAGCCCCUCUGCCAACCCUGGCUCCUCCGCUGUCGCCACUCAAAGCCGGAGCCUCCAGGGGCCCCGCGGAUAGACUGCAGUUCCACUCCAUUCUGGCGGAGUGA